GACUUCAGCGAGUCUGAGUCAGCACCCCUGUCACGGGCGCGGGCGCCUAUAAACCAAUCGCGUUCACACCUAUCUUAUCAAGAUAUUCGGAAACAUUCACAGAGAUAGGAGCGUGCUGCCUUGCGUCGAGUCAGACGUCAUACUAUCCUAAAUCGCGGUGUCGAUAUAGGAGGCUGUCGCCGACGGUCCGGCCACAGUGUCGAUCUGGCCGGUGACCCGUGGAGACCAGCAGACCAGGAACCGUGCGAACUCUCGCUGCCAGCGCCAUGGGUUCACCAGGAUGUAGCCGGCAGUGCUCGGCCCUGCUCUCCCUCCUCCUGCUCUCCCACACCGCCUCAGCGGCGCGACUGUCGGCAGAGGCCACAGUGAAGCUGUCGGAAGACUUCAAUGUCCUGGCUGCCAUCGAGACCGAGGUGAACGCCAUGAACACGAACCUGCAGGAACUCUCGAAGGCCAUCGACAGCGUGCCCUCGCCGACGGACGAGCCGUCGCCGACCAGCGAGCCGCCGACGGACGAGCCCUCGCCGACGGGCGACUCAUCCGACACGGUCGAGGAGGGCCUGCCGCGGCUCGUCUUCGCCCGCCGCUUCCUCACGCUGGAGCUGGAGACCAAGACUGCCGACAACUGCAACCAGUAUGCUGACAUCGAAGCCACCGUCGACGAGGCGCAGGACGCUCUGAAACUGGUGUCCACUCAGCAGUUCUCUAACACGACCCUGACAAGCCUGAAGGCGAGCAACCUGAAGCUGACCGCUACCACCCAGUGCGUUAGCGACAACAAAAUCACACUGGACAGCGCAAUGAAGGAGCAGGUGAAGGCCUCCAUCACGGAAGCCGAGACGGAAGGCGAGAAGGCGUCCGACACCGUCGACCAGUACGUCAACCCGCCGACGCCGGCUCCCGCGGACGACUCCGGGUUCCGUUCGGCCACCAUCGCGCUCGGCGUGCUCUUCUCUCUGGCGGUGGUGGCCAUCGCCGGGCUGGCCAUCUAUGCACAGCGCCAGAAGUCGGGCGGACACAUGAGCUAGGCGGCCUAACCCUCACCCAUCAUCAGAUCGACAUCAGGGGGCGACGAGGGCCGCCACAUCGCUGAUCCCGCCGCGGAACUGGUCAUCAGGCGUACAGA